AUGGCCCGUAAGCGCAAGAGCGUAGCUAGUAGUGCCGAGCUGUGCCCGCGGGAUCUCAACGAGAUCCCGUACAUCGGUUGGAUGAACAAGCAGAUUGCUGCCGGCCGUAAGCCCGCCGGCCCUUUGCCCGGUGGUGCGCCGGGUGCGGGGGACACCUUGUUCAAAGCCCCGCGCGAUGUCCCUACCCGUGGGCGCCGUGAUGCCGACCGGGUUGCAUCAUCCCGCGUCGUUGACGACGACGCAUUCGAUGACGAUGCCGAGGACUCCGAGUACAACGACUGCGACGACGAUGCGGACUCUGGCGAAGAGGAGGACAAGGGCAUGUCCCCCUCCGGAGAUGAAGACGACGCCGAUGAGGACGCCGACGACGACGAGGACGCGCCCGACGAGGCCCAGCCUGCUACCCCGUCUCCCCGUCGCUCCCAUGCUACUGCCGCGGCCGGAACCAAUACUGCCGCGAAGGGCGGGGAACCUCCGCGUGCCGCUGCCAAGAACCGCAACCUGCACCCUGUCAAGCGGAGCGUGUGGUCCCACCGCGAGAGCACGAUCUUCGCCUGCCUCGCGCGCCAUCUCGAGCAGGAGAAUCCCGGGUGGGUGCGCGGCGUGAAUGCGCUGCAGAAGCAGUGGCGCAACCUCGUCAACAUGUACAAGCAGAUUAGUAAGGGGGAGCGGGCGAGCGGCAAGGGGGCGGUGUGCAAGCCCCCGUGGUACCCGUACAUGGAGCUCUACCAGAACAACGAGGCGGUCGGCAACCCGCACGCCGUCGACGGUGGUGGCGCGGCACACGUCAACGUGCCGUGCGGGUUCGCGGUCCCGUCCACAUCUGCACCUUGCACCUCGACCCCGACUUUCACGGGGUACGCCCACCUCCAAGCGCCCACGGGUGGCAGAGACGGCAACGAUGGCCGCCGCCAAGCUGGUGUGUGA